AAAGGGCAGUUUCGAGGAAGUGACGGACGACGGUCGGAAGAGUGGCCAGAGGAAGUUUACUCGACAAUGGUGCUGUGCUGCUGAACGAAACUUUGCCCCCACCCUCCUCCUCGUGAGUAUCAGCGUGGAUCAGGACGGACUGGUCCAGCGGCGGAGGGAGCUUUUGUUUCCUGCUACAUUAGCAGCUCUGGAAUAACCUGAAGCUGGGAGGAGGGAGAAGAAGCGGGUCGCAGAGGAAUUUCACUCCCCACAACCAACCCCCCUUUCCCCUUCUUCCCCCCCUCACCUCCUCUUCUGAAAAUCUAUCAUUUCUUUUGGGAUUAACGAUGGGGAAGGAGCAGGAGCUUCUUGACGCGGCGCGCACCGGGAACCUGGCCGCGGUGGAGAAGCUUUUGUCCGGGAAGCGACAGUCCACCGGCGGCUUGUCUGGGACCGCUGGAGGCGGCAACAGCGGCGGCCACGGCGCCUCCUCUCACCCGCUCUCCAGCCUGCUCAGCAUCUGGAGAGGCCCUAAUGUGAAUUGUGUGGACAGCACUGGAUACACCCCUCUGCACCACGCCGCCCUCAACGGACACAGCGACGUGGUGGAGGCGCUGCUACGGAACGAGGCCUUGACCAACAUCGCGGACAACAAGGGCUGCUACCCUCUCCACCUGGCUGCGUGGAAAGGAGACGAGCACAUUGUGAAACUCCUCAUCCACCAGGGCCCCUCGCACCCCAAACUCAACGAGCAGAGCUCUGUAGAGCAUAAAGAGUUCAAACGCUGUGGGCCCUUUGACCCCUAUAUUAACGCCAAGAACAAUGACAACGAGACGCCGCUGCACUGUGCCGCCCAGUACGGCCACACCCGCGUGGUGCGCCUCCUGCUGGAGGAGCUGACCGAUCCCACCAUGAGGAACAACAAGUUUGAGACGCCGCUGGACCUGGCGGCGCUCUACGGCCGCCUGGAUGUGGUGAGGCUGCUGCUCAGCGCUCACCCCAACCUGCUCGGCUGCAACACCAAGAAGCACACGCCCCUCCACCUGGCGUCCCGGAACGGACACCUCCCCGUGGUCGAGGUGCUUCUGGACGCCGGCAUGGACAUCAACUACGAGACGGAGAAAGGCAGUGCCCUUCAUGAAGCAGCCCUGUUUGGGAAAAGAGACGUCGUGCAAAAACUUCUCAGUGCAGGUAUCGAUGUAAAUAUUGUCGACCAGAAGGGCCUGACGGCGCUGGACACUGUCAAAGACAUGCCCUCCAAAAAAAGCCGAGAAAUAGCAGCUCUUAUUCACGGUCACAUGACUGGAAAACCCCCCAUCAUUGACCUACCCCCUCCACCCAUCCCUCCACCUCAGGAGAGUCCCAGUCCGAGAAAGAAGGCUGACAUGGAGAGAGUGACAGAGCUGAUCUCUGGGUUUGCCCUGGGCCCUGAGGAGGAGAGCCCGUACGAAGCCCUGUUUGAAGCCACCUCCUGCCACUCUUUGGACAGCCUCACCAGCGGCAAAUCCUCCGACAGGGACUCGGGACGGCCUGACAGUGAAGUCGGCAAGAAAGAUCGUUCUGUCCAGUCGUCACAUCCUGGUCCUGCUCACGAAGAAGUGAUAAGCUCAGAGGCCCUUUUUACAAACAGCUGUAUUGACCAAAGGGGAGAGGCAGCUGAAGAAGAGGAGGAUCACACAUACGAGUUGUUGCUGACGGCGCAAACCAAAGUCCCACCGCCCAGCCAGGAGUCCAAGUCCAAUAAAGAUGAGAACACCACCACACAGUCGUCCAGCAGCGUCCUACCUCAGCGCAAGCCCUCUGCCCUCCCGAACGACCUCAGACCCCCCAAUAAAAUGAAAGAUCUGCACCCCCCUGCACGGUCGGGCCCCCGAGCACCAGGAGACAACUCCCAGCUCAGCCAGGACCAGGGAGCAGGUGUCCCGGAGCAGUUCACCGGCCUCCUGCACGGGUCCUCUCCCGUCAUCGACUGCCGCGAGGACGCCUUCAGGCUUCCGGGUGUUCCGCCACCCAACCAGGGCCAGCAAGAGGCAAAGAAAGCCACCAAAGUGAAGGAGCAAGUCCCGGCUGCUUCGCCGCCAACUCACCGACCCAGCAUGGCCGCCAUCCUGACAGACUGCGACCCAAAAGCAAUCUACGCCACGGUGAACAAAGAGCACAGGGACCUGGGGCCAGGAUCCGGGGUCAGGAUGCGUCCUCCCGGAGACCUGAAGCUGGCACGCAGCCUCUCCAAGUCGGACUCGGACUUGCUCGUGUCGCCUCCCGGUGAGGAGGAAGGGGGACUGGGGAACCGCAGCGAGUCCGUUUCCAACUGCAGCACCGGCAAGAAGAGGCUGGAAAAAUCACCGUCUUUCACGUCAGAAUGGGACGAGCAGACACAGACGACUUCCUCCUCCCCAAAACAUCGAAGAUCUAGUUCCACCGACAGCAUUGAGAAGAUCAUGACUCUGAUCGGAGCUGGCAUCGAGUCUUCCAGAGAUCAGCAAGCAGGUGCUGCGGGCCGGCUGCUGGACCAGCCUGUGGGGGACUGGCUGGAGCACGUGGGGCUGCCGCAGUACGAGAGCAAGCUGCUGCUCAACGGCUUCGAUGACCUGCACUACAUGGGAGGCAACGUGAUGGAGGACCAAGACCUGAGGGACAUCGGAAUCACAGAUCCAAGCCACAGAAAGAAGAUCCUUCAUGCAGCUCGCUCGUUCCCCAAGGUGAAAGCUCUGGGAUGUGACAACAGCAGCUCUCUGUCCUCCUGGCUGGAGAACCUGGGUCUCCACGAGUAUCUGCCCAACUUCCUGUCCAGCGGCUACCGCACUCUGGACUGUGUGAAGAACCUGUGGGAGCUGGAGAUCGUCAAUGUGUUAAAAAUUACCUUGCUCGGUCACAGAAAACGCAUCAUUGCCUCCUUAGCAGAACGGCCCUAUGAGGAGCCUCCAGUCAAACCUCCUCGCUUGUCUCAGAUCAGGUUCCAGGACCUGCCUGGAUCCCAGACCUCCUCUCCUCUCAGUCAGAUGGACUACACAGGCCGCUCCAUGGACCCCCUGCUGCCUGUAGGAGAGCCAAGCAGAAAGAAAGUGCAAGAAACAGAGUACGACGUUAGCCAGAGAUACUGCAGCGGACGGCAUAGACAAGAUCAUUAUGACGAGGUGUAUCAAGAGCCCCGUUUGACCCUGCGUCCGCCAAGUUUAGCAGCACCGUACACCCCGGUCCAGAACUGGCAUCACCAGCCUGAGAAACUCAUAUUUGAGUCCUGCGCAUACGAAGCCAAUUACCUUGGCUCCAUGCUCAUUAAGGAUCUGAGGGGCACAGAGUCCACGCAGGACGCUUGUGCCAAAAUGCGGAGGUCCACAGAGCAAAUGAGAAAAGUCCCGACCAUCGUCCUGUCAAUCACCUACAAGGGUGUGAAGUUCAUCGACGCCGCCAACAAGAACAUCAUUGCCGAGCACGAGAUCCGUAACAUAUCCUGUGCAGCCCAGGACCCAGAGGACCUGUGUACGUUUGCCUACAUCACUAAAGACCUUCAGACCAGCCACCAUUACUGCCACGUCUUCAGCACAGUGGAUGUGAACCUGACCUAUGAGAUUAUACUAACCCUGGGCCAGGCUUUUGAGGUGGCCUAUCAGCUGGCUCUGCAGGCCCAGAGGACCAAACAGCAGCAGAAUCUCCCCGGGGGAGCCGGCUCAGAGGUCAUCGAGACCAGGUCCAGUCGACCUGUACCCAAGCCACGGGGCAGUGUUCGCAAGUCAGGGGGGGACAUGGUGGACCAAGAGGCGGGGUCUCAGUCCCAGGCCAGCGCCGCAUGGCUCAUGGACCCCAAGGAGUCCAAGCGCACCAUCAGCACUAACUGAACACUGAGGCUCCUGUUCAGUAACGCAGGGCAGGAACCACCCGGGGACUGUGUGUUUUUUUAUUUUAUUUUUUUAUUGUUGUUGUUGUUGUUGUUGUUGUUGUUGGAAAAGUGACCCAGUUCCCACGCAGCAGAUCAGUCCAUUGAUUAGAUCAAAUCUGCAACCAGAGGGGGAAACCACCCUGCACACCCCCACCUGCCUCCCCUUCAUCAGGCCUCCCGCCCACGAGAGAGCGACGGCGUCUUGGUGCGACGCGACGGCGGGGUGUAAAUUAUUUGUUGUGCGUUUGCUUACGUGUGGCCUCCCUCCCAGAAGGGGUUAGUGUUUACCGUUUGAGGAAACGCAGCUCGCUCGCAGGUUCUCGGUGCAGCGAAAGAGGAAGCGGUACGAACGAGGACCACGAGCCUUUAGAGACCUCACACUGUAGCGACACGCUCCUUUCUCUGUCCCAACUCAGUCCUGCCUGGGAGGAACUCCUUAAACCAAACUCUACACUACAAAGACUUUCUAAUCGUGAAAAUCCCAGGUUUUUAUUAGAUUAGUUUUCUUUCUAGGUUUUAGAUUUUAUUUUAUUUUAUUACUUUGUGGGGCAGUGUGUCCUAAUGCUGGAACUGGAUCUUGUUUGGUUCACUGUGGAUCCCUCUCCUCCUCUGUUCUGUUCGUUUUGACAAUAAUCACCAAAACCUGCCGUGCAGGCCGGUACGACUUUAGAUUUGUAGCUGCACCACCGAACAGUCGUGCAAAGCAUGUUUCUCCAGCUAAUGUCAAGUGUGUUGACUGUUAACAAUAUUGUUUUGAUUGUCAGCCACUGUGUGUGUGUGUUUGUGUGUGAGAGAGUGUGUGUUUCUGGGUACUUGGAUCAUUUUAGUUCACCAGUUGUACAUGUUGUCCAGCCGGUACGAUAACACGCUGUCUUCAGCUGCCGUCGGCACCUUCAGCCAUCGGCCCGGUCCUGUUCUGCUUUUGCACAUAGCCACGGAUCAGGUCAUGAAUCUGACGAUGAGGAUGAUGAUGAUGAUGUACAUGAUUUUAGCAGUCUGUAUUUUGAUACUUGAAUGAUUU